AUGAUUACGACAUUCCUCACGCGCUCAUCACCUACGCCGAAUCUAUUGGUUGCACCACCUGUGACGCGUGUAGCUGAUGUGAAGGAAGAAGCUGUACCGUAUGACAAUGCGCUUGUUGAUGUGGAGUAUUCAAUGACAGUCAAGACAGUUGUUGUACCUACUUCGAUGCCAUACGAUGCAACGGGAAGUUUUUUUUCCAUAUCCGAUCGCUUUCCGCUUUCCAAGGUGGGAAAAGUUAGUUGUAGUAUGACGAAACCAGUGUACUGCCCUUCACAGGAGCGCAAGAUUUCGAAUGCAACAGCGUCUUUUCCCAUGAGCCGUUUACUGAAUGGUACACCCGAGAUGACGCAGGUAGAUCAGAUGACAGUAAUUGCAGAAGACGUGACACUAAACGACAAUAAAAACAUUAUAGCUGAACCGCAAGUAGGAGCAACCACGACGUUUGUAGCAGGAUUCAACCAGAUGCAACAACAAUUAACAAACAUGGGGGAUAUAUACCGAUACCAGGCUACUGAUGUGGAAGAAAAUGAAAUGGAGCAACUUCGAUGGGAUAUUCAAGAACAAGUGUUUCAGCGAUAUUUUCAGCAAGGACAGAAGUACGAAGAGUGGGGGAAAUUGGAAGAGCAUGGCACCCGAGUCUUUUUCGUUCCAGGUGGAAGAAGGGAAUACAUAAUGGCCGAGAAAAGGUUUCACGACAAUGCCGUUCGUGACGCCAUGGUGAAGGGAAAUGCCACGUGGGUCAAGGAGCGACGAGCUCGGUUUGAGGAGGAGCUUCGUCAAUUUAGUCGCGAUGAAACACGGCACAAACAGGAGUUAAUGCUUACACGUCUUGAAAAAGUGUCGCCGUUCUCUAAAUUUCCAAUUCUUGGCAACCGUUUUUUGCUGCUUCGAUUACGAGGAAAAGGAGGCAACGGAGAAGUAUGGGAUGUUGUCGAUUAUGCCAAUAAUAAACAGGAUUGCGCUCUUAAGCUGUCUACUUCGAUUCGCCACGCUCAACGUGAACACAAUACGCACUCGAAACUCAACCACCCCAACAUCGUCCAGGUCGGCAAAGUGCCGUUUCUAAUUCGAUACCAGCAGCAACAGUACACAGCGUUCACUGUUGCACGUGUUCAAUCAGACUUGCAGCAAAUCAUUGAGAUGUACGAGUACUUGGACGAUGAUUCUGCAUACAAGGUGCUUUCACAGCUUCUGAGCUCACUGAAGUAUUUGCACGAAGAAAUGGGCGUUGCUCACUACGACUUGAAGCCGUCGAACAUAUUAAUCGACUACGACGGGUGUGUGAAGCUGACUGACUUCGACUUGACGCGCGAUGCCAAGACAGCAACGUCGAGCUUUACGGUUGGCACUCUGCGGUACCUCCCUCCCGAGUGCUUUCGACCAAAUCGAGCCGAUUGUGAAGCGACCGCUGAGAAGGCAGACAUGUGGAUGGUAGGGAUUGUUUACUGCAUGAUGGUCACUGGAAAACACCCUAUCUGCCCUGACAAGUCAACGAAAGCGGAAGUGAAGUCAUUGAUGAGUCAGUACACUGGUCAGCUUCGAUACGCGCGGCCAAUUUCCGAUCCAUCCCGGCGGAUCUCACAAUGGUGCCUUCACCCGGAUCCAAGGUGUCGACCAACGGCCGCGCAAUUGCUAGUGGCACUCCACGACGUAAUACCACGGCAGCAGUGUCCAAUGCCUUGA